GGCAAGGGCUGCCAAGGGCCCCUGAACAGCACUACUGGCAAGGGAGGUGACUCUGAGAAUGAAGACAGUGAUGAGGAAGAGGAAGAGGAGGAGGAGGAGGAGGAGGUAGAGGAGAAUGAGAAUGGUAUCAAUGGCACAAGCACCAACACCACUGAGGAGGCAGGUGGACCUCAUGGCAAUGGCACUGCAGUGGCUGAGGAGGAUGUGGGACCCACAGAUGCCACGACAGCUGGGGAGCAGUGGGAGUACGAGGUGACAGUUGGAGGCCACGGCCGGGGGGACGAGGGCACCACUGACGGCAGCUAUGGGGAGCAGGACGAGUACGCCCGUGGGGACAGCUACCGGGCCUACGAGGACGAGUAUGGCUACUACAAGGGGCACGGCUACGACGUGUACGGGCAGGAUUACUACUACA